GCUUUGACAACCGCCGAGGAAGCCCGGGGCAGAAGCAGAAGCAGAAAGAAGUUGGUGAAAAGUGCGACGGAUCGAGACGCGCGGGAAGGAAGCCCACGCCAAGAAAAAAAAAUUGAAAGACUUCCAAUAGUCUUUGCUGCGCGCCUGCGCGCGUUAGUGUGAGUGAGACAGGUGUGGCGCUCCUUGCCUGGCCCCACCUGAGGCUGCGUGACGUCAAGGACGUGCGGCGGCUCUUCUUCCGGGUGGGGGAUUGUGGACCGCAGCCAUGACGGACGUACUGAGCGUCACCGAGUUCGUCGGUGAAUGUAACGACGACUACAAGGCGCCCACCACGUCCAGCUUCUCCACGCGCAUGACGGACUGCAGGAACAGCGUCAACGCCCUCGAAGAGGUUCUGGAUGUGGAGCGCUCGGUUCUUUCCAAGCUGAAGAAGGCGGUGAAGUCCGUAUACACGUCGGGACUCGUCCACGUGGAGCACGAGGACCAGUACGUAUCGGCCCUAGAGAAGCUGGGCGACAACUGCAUGAGCGGGGAGGACGCCGCCGUGGGCGCCGCUUUCCUCAAGUUUGCCGUUUUCAGCAAAGAGCUGACGGCGCUCUUCAAGAACCUGGUCCAGAACAUGAACAACAUCAUCUCCUUCCCGCUGGAUAGUCUGCUCAAGGGCGAUCUGCGCGGCGUUAAGGGGGACCUGAAGAAGCCGUUCGACAAGGCUUGGAAGGAGUACGAGAACAAACUCUCCAAGCUUGAGAAGGAGAAGCGCGAGCACGCCAAGCAGCACGGGAUGAUUCGCACCGAGUUCAGCGGCGGCGAGAUUGCCGAGGAGAUGGAGAAGGAACGUCGCGUCUUCCAGUUGAACAUGUGCGAGUACCUUCUCAAGGUCAACGACAUCAAGGUCAAGAAGGGCGUCGACCUCCUGCAGAACCUCAUCAAGUAUUUCCACGCACAGUGCAACUUCUUCCAGGAUGGACUGACGGCCGUCGAGAGCCUAAAACCCUCCGUGGAGAAAAUGGCCACAGAACUGACGGCGAUCAAACAGACGCAGGACGGCGAGAGGAAACAGCUGACUCAGCUCCGAGACGUCCUGAAGGCGUCGUUGCAGUCAGAGAGCAAAGAGGAGGCCGCGGCCAAGCAGAAGCAAGGAUACAGCCUGCACCAGCUGCAAGGCAACAAGGCCCACGGCACGGAGCGCUCCGGGGUUUUGUCCAAGAGGAGCGAAGGGCUCAGGAAGGUUUGGCAGAAGAGGAAGUGCUCGGUGAAAAACGGCUUCCUGACCAUCUGCCACGCCACGUUUUUACACGAAGAGUCAAACGGCCAAUCAGGACAAAGCAAGCAGAAGAGCAAGAAAAUGAGGAAGAGGAGGAGGAGGAGGAGGAGCUUAAGGAAAAGACUGACAGACCGAAGGGCUAAUCGGCCACCAGCCAAACUCAACCUACUGACGUGCCAGGUGAAGAAGAACGCAGACGACAAGAGGAACUUUGACCUCUUUUCACACGACCGGACGUAUCACUUCCAGGCAGAGGACGAGGCCGAGUGCCAGAUAUGGGUGUCGGUCCUCCAGAACAGCAAAGAAGAAGCGCUGAACAAAGCCUUCAAAGGUGACCAGGACGAAGGCGACAACAUCGUGCAGGAGCUCAGCAAGGCCAUCGUCGCCGACGUCAAGAAAAUGGACGGCAACCGCGUCUGCUGCGACUGCGGCGCUCCAGGUCCUUCGUGGUUGUCCACCAACCUUGGCGUUCUGAUCUGCAUCGAGUGCUCGGGGAUCCACAGAGAGAUCGGGGUGCACUUCUCCAGGAUCCAGAGUCUGGACCUGGACGUGCUGGGAACGUCUGAGCUGCUGCUAGCCAAGAACGUCGGAAACGCCGCCUUCAACGACAUCAUGGAGGCGGAGCUUUCUGCCUCGGGUGUGGCCAAGCCGCAACCCACCAGCGACAUGCAGGGACGGAAAGACUUCAUCACGUCCAAGUACGUGGACAAGGCGCUGGUCCGCCGCCGGUGCGCCGACAACAGCGAGCGCCUACGCGCGCUCUACCAGGCGGCGCGCAACCGCGACAUCCUGGCACUCAUCCAGGUCUACGGCGAGGGCGUCGACCUGACCGAGGCCUUCCCGCAGCCUCAGCAGCACGAGCCAGGCGAAACGGUCCUCCAUCUGGCCGUGCGUAUGGUGGACAGGAACUCUCUGCACAUCGUGGACUUCCUGGCGCAGAACAGCGGCGACCUGGACAAGCGGACGGAACGAGGAAGUACGGCGCUGCAUUACUGCUGCUUGACGGACAACAUCGAGUGCCUGAAACUUCUGCUCCGUGGCAAAGCGUCCGUUGCCAUCGCCAAUGAGUCCGGAGAAACGCCGCUGGACAUGGCCAGACGACUCGGACACACUCGAUGUGAAGACCUGCUGACUCAAGCCAAUUCUGGAAAGUUCAACGUUCACGUGCACGUGGAGUACGAGUGGCGUCUCCAUAACGAUGACAUGGACGAGAGCGAGGACGAGUUGGACGAGAAGCCCAACCCGUCCCGCCGUGACGAGCGGGAUCGUCCCGUCAGCUGCUACGCGGGCGCCGGGGUCCCCGCGCAGCCCAGCCGACACCGCGCUCAGAUUCCUAGCAUGAUGAUCAGCAACGAGACGUACGGCGCUGCCAUGGAGCGCCACCUGCCGCCCGGGCCCAACCCCCCGUUGCCACCCAGAGUCCCCGCCAGAGGGCAGCCUAUGGAAACCAUAGGACGGCAGAGGUCUUCAUCCGACCCCCCGGCCCUAAACCUCACCCCCGAGAGAAACGUCUCCAUGUACGUUUUGCCAGUGGCCCCUCCCCCUGGCCCCCCUCCUCCACCUCCCCCAGCCAACCGCGGGGCCUGGAGCACACCCCUUCCGUCCUCGGGCCCACCUGCCACAGCACCCGCCCCCUCCUCCUCCCCGCCGCCUCUGCCUCUGGCUCCGCCUCCUCAUCACAAAGCGCCACCCCCGCCCCCACCCGUCGACAAAUCACCCGGCAGAUCAGGCAAAGCAGCUCCGCUGAGGUCGUCUCUGCGAAGGACUCCAACCGACAAGCGAGCUUCUCAGGUUCCGUCCUCCCAAGGCUCCUCCCCACCAACUCCUCAACCGAGAACCACCUUCAGCGCGUCCAGACCCCAAAGGGUGCGAGCCAUCUACAGGUGCUCCGCCGACAACCCUGACGAGCUGACUUUCGAGGAGGGUGAGGUGAUCGUGGUGGAGGGUGAGGAGGACAGCGAGUGGUGGGUGGGCCAUGUGGAGGGGGAACCUGCACGCCGCGGGGUCUUUCCUGUCACCUUCGUGCAUUUCAUCACAGAGUGACUUCUGGCUUUUUCAAGUGGAAUUGCAAGAAAUCGACCCAAGUGAUUGGAAAUCACAAUGCACCAGUCUUCAAGUCGUCUGCGACCGGUUUUCCAAGCCAGUGAUUGACAGGCUUUGUUAAGCCAAGGCGUGUGCCAAGAGAUAUGACUCGGAAGUCAAAACAAUUCCAUUCGAUAAUCUUGUUGAUUCUUGAAAACGUCCAGUAAUGACAAUUAAAGAGAAGGAAUCAUUUUUAGUCACAUUUAGCAUGAAGGGCCAUUGUGCUCCUGCCCGACUUGUCCACCUGGGGGCCUUUCAAGACAGCCCGAUCGAUGUACAAGCCAAACAUCACAGCUCCUCGCACAGGAUAAAGAAUACAGUAUAUGAUUGUGCAAACUUUUAUAUUGAAUGUCUAAAUCUGCUCCUGGACUGUUGGUGUUCAACAAUGUUGCUGAAAAGGUUUGAUAUGCAAUCCCCAUUCUGCACGAGCAUUAGCAAAUUAGCAAGAAUACACAAUGUCUUAAUUUUCUUUGUUUUCUCUUUAGUUUGAAACUCUGGGAGUGGCAAUAAACCGCUUGAAGCCUCUUUUCGAACAAUUUU